GGGAGGGCGGCUGGGCAGGCGGCAGGAUGCUGCGCACCGCGCUGUCCCUGUUGGGAUUGUCCCUGGCGGGGGUCGAGGCAGCCGGAGAACCCACCCAGGAGCCGGGGCCGCGCAGCGAGCCUCCCCCGGGCUUGGCGCUCUUCCGCUGGCAGUGGCACGAGGUGGAGGCGCCCUACCUGGUGGCCCUGUGGAUCCUGGUGGCCAGCCUGGCCAAGAUAGUGUUUCACCUGUCUCGGAGGGUGACCUCUCUGGUCCCUGAGAGCUGCCUGCUGAUCUUGCUGGGCCUGGUGCUCGGGGGCAUCGUGCUGGCUGUGGCCAAAAAAGCCGAGUACCAGCUGGAGCCAGGCACCUUCUUCCUGUUCCUGCUUCCGCCUAUUGUGUUAGACUCUGGCUAUUUCAUGCCCAGCCGGCUGUUCUUCGACAACUUGGGUGCCAUCCUCACCUAUGCCGUGGUGGGCACCCUCUGGAAUGCCUUCACCACUGGAGCCGCCCUCUGGGGCCUGCAGCAGGCUGGCCUUGUGGCUCCCAGGGUGCAGGCUGGCUUCCUGGACUUCCUGCUGUUUGGGAGCCUCAUUUCGGCGGUGGACCCCGUGGCUGUGCUGGCUGUCUUUGAGGAGGUGCAUGUCAAUGAGACCCUGUUUAUCAUCGUCUUUGGCGAGUCCCUGCUCAAUGACGCGGUCACUGUGGUCCUGUACAAAGUCUGCAGCUCCUUUGUGGAGAUGGGCUCUGCCAAUGUGCAGGCCACUGACUACCUGAAGGGCAUCGCUUCCCUGUUUGUGGUCAGCCUGGGCGGGGCAGCUGUGGGCUUCGUCUUUGCCUUCCUCUUGGCCCUGACUACGCGCUUCACCAAGCGGGUCCGCAUCAUCGAGCCGCUGCUGGUCUUCCUCCUUGCCUACGCCGCCUAUCUUACUGCCGAAAUGGCCUCGCUCUCCGCCAUCCUUGCGGUGACCACGUGUGGCCUGGGCUGUAAGAAAUACGUGGAGGCCAACAUCUCCCGGAAGUCGCGCACGGCGGUCAAGUACACCAUGAAGACGCUGGCCAGCUGCGCCGAGACCAUUAUCUUCAUGCUGCUGGGCAUCUCGGCCGUGGACUCUUCGAAGUGGGCCUGGGACUCAGGGCUGGUGCUGGGCACCCUCGUGUUCAUCCUCUUCUUCCGAGCCCUCGGCGUAGUCCUGCAGACGUGGGUGCUGAACCAGAUGCGGCUGGUCCCUCUGGACAAGAUUGACCAGGUGGUGAUGUCCUAUGGGGGCCUGCGGGGGGCUGUGGCCUUUGCUCUCGUCAUCCUACUGGACAGGACCAAGGUUCCUGCGAAGGACUACUUUGUGGCCACCACUAUAGUGGUGGUCUUCUUCACGGUCAUCGUGCAGGGCCUGACCAUCAAGCCGCUGGUCAAGUGGUUAAAGGUGAAGAGGAGUGAGCACCACAAGCCCACCCUGAACCAGGAGCUGCACGAGCACACAUUCGACCACAUCCUGGCCGCAGUGGAGGACGUUGUGGGCCACCAUGGCUAUCACUACUGGAGGGACAGGUGGGAGCAGUUUGAUAAGAAGUACCUGAGCCAGCUGCUGAUGCGACGGUCUGCCUACCGCAUCCGGGACCAGAUCUGGGAUGUGUACUACAGGCUCAAUAUCCGGGAUGCCAUCAGCUUCGUGGACCAGGGAGGCCACGUCUUGUCCUCUACGGGGCUCGCUCUGCCAUCCAUGCCCAGCCGCAACUCGAUGGCGGAGACGUCGGUCACCAACCUGCUGAGGGAGAGCAGCAGCGGCGCGUGUCUGGACCUGCAGGUGAUCGACACGGUGCGCAGUGGCCGAGACCGAGAGGACGCUGUGAUGCACCACCUGCUCUGCGGGGGCCUCUACAAGCCUCGCCGCAGGUACAAAGCCAGCUGCAGCCGCCACUUCAUCUCCGAGGACCCCCAGGAGCGCCAGGACAAGGAGAUCUUCCAGCAGAACAUGAAGCGGCGCCUGGAGCCCUUCAAAUCCACCAGGCACAACAUCUGCCUCACCAAGAGCAAGCCGCGACUCCGCAAGGGUGGCCACAAGAAGAAGGACGGUGUGGCUAACACUGGAAUGACAGCUGGGGAACCUCCCGGAGACCUGGGCUUUCAGGACACAGCUGCUGUGGUUCUAACUCUGGCCUCGGAGGAGGAGGAGGAAGAGGAGAGUGACAGUUCUGAGACUGAGAAAGAGGACGACGGGGGGAUCAUCUUCGUGGCCCGGGCCACCAGUGAGGUCCUCCAGGAGGGCAAGGUCUCAGGGACCCACGAGGUGUGCCCCAGCCCACGCAUCAUCCCGCCCUCACCCACCUGUGCGGAGAAGCACCUCCCGUGGAAGAGCGGGCAGGGGGACCUGGCGGUGUACGUGUCCUCGGAGACCACCAAGAUCGUGCCAGUGGACAUGCAGACCGGCUGGAGCCAAAGCAUCUCGUCCCUGGAGAGCCUGGCCUCCCCGCCCUGCACCCAGGCCCCCACGCUGCCCCACCUGCCGCCCCACCCUAUGGCGCCUGAAGAGCCCCAGGCUCCUCCGACCCUGCCUUCCGAUUCCCUCCCCAGCUUUGCCUUCCCCCCGAGCCUGGCCAAGGCUGGCCGCUCCCACAGCGAGAGCAGCGCAGACACCCCCCAGCAGCAGGAGCUGCAACCCCUCAUGGGCCAGGAGGACCGCACCCAUCUCAGCCCUGGCGCAGCCAAGCCCCGCUGGUGCGUCCACUUUAACAAAGGGGGCCGGCUGUAGCCAAGGAUGGCCUCAGGGGAGGCCGCUGGGGGGGUCUUGUGCCCUGGCCAGUAGGCAGAGAAGGCUACUCAGCUUUCUGAGGCCUGGACAUGGGCCUCUGGGCCUGGACUGCCGCAGCACUGGCUGCCAGCUUGCUAGUGGGCAGAGGUGGGGCGCUCCUGGGCUGGUCCUCAUGGGGCUCCUCUCACCCCCUUCCUGCUCCUAACCCUGCCGGCUCCCCGCCCCCACUUCAGAGGGUUCCUUCCCCGGCUCAAGCCCUAGCCCCGGCCUCUGAGGGGCAGGCCCACAACUUGGCGAGCUGAUGGCCUGUCCCCAGCACCAGCUCAGGGGCAGUGCCCUGGUGUGAGGCACAGAGAGGGGCUGGGCCUGGGGGCCCAGAGGGAUUGGGGUGGGAGGUGGACCAGUCUGGAGCUUGAGUCACCGUGUCUUGGGGUGCAGCUCCUCCUUUUCCAGGACCAAGGUCCCUGAGAUGGACCAGGCAUCAGGUCAGGGCUGCUGUGUGGCCAGGGACAUUCUGGGACUCACUGCUCUGAGCCCAGGACUGGCCCGUGCUGACCUGUGGGGCCAGGUUUUCUGAGGAGGGGAGACAGUGGCCUCUGUGCUCCCAGGUGCCCCCUCAAACAGGAAAGGACCCAGGUGUCCCAUUGCUCUGGGGGCUGGUAUCCCAGCUGACUGGGUGGCAGGUGAGUUUCCCGGGAUUUGUGCCUGCCCUGUGUUUUAUAUCUUGAUACCUAAGACACAUUAAACAUCUCCCAGGUGGAUGGGUGCCCUGUG